UCAUACCUCAUCCUGAGAGCACGUGGUUGAGUUGCUUAGACAUGCAUUCACGCCUUUUGCCCUUGCAUUAGACCAGAAAUCUAGCACACCCCAAGUAUGGGGCUCACGAGACAGUACCUGCGGUUCGAGGCGCGGAAUGUGUUUAAUGGCAUAGCAGGCACGAAAGCUGGAGUCCGAUUCCUUCCAAAAAAUCUCCGCUUUGGGAGGAGACCUGUCGUCACCGGCGUCUGCGAAUAUUCUGUCAUUUGGGAUUUGAGAUCUCGAGUUAAGGUGAAGGAAUUGCAAGGAGGGCAGUUUGAGGCCACAGCUCUUCUUCCUUCUGAGGAUGGAAGGUUUCUUGCUGUUGGGUACAAGGAUGGAUCUCUACAGCUCUGGAGAUUCCCUGCUGGUCAAGCCCAGAUCACUUUCUCAGGUCACAGAACUCAAAUCUCCUCCUUGGCCUUUGAUCACUCUGGAAUGAGGCUUGCAUCUGGGAGUAAGGAUUCCACACUGAUCGUUUGGGAUGUGGUGGCAGAGCGAGGGCUGUACCGUCUCCAUGGACAUAAAGGAUCCAUCACAAGGGUACAUUUUCUCACUCAUGAUGAGCAUCAUUACCUUGCCUCAUCAUCCCAGGAUGCAGUGCUCAAAAUCUGGGAUUUGAAUAAUGGACAUUCCAUUGCCACCUUGGCUGGGCACAAGACCCCUGUGUGGGACUUCACCAUUGUUAGGGAUACCUUUCUCAUCACUGGCUGUGGGGAUUCUGAGCUACGUGUGUGGGAGAUUGAUUUUACUAAGCUCCAUGCCUAUGAUAUUGAAGAGGAAGUAAGUGGAGAGCACCAAGGGCCCUUCCAUCAAGUUGGGACUCUAAUGAGAGAAAGCCUUCAAAGAGUACACUAUCUUACAUAUGAUGAAGAUUCAGGUGUGAUGGCAUGCAAUGCAGGGGAUGGGAAGGUUGAACUUUGGAUGUGGCAAUCAGAGGAUGAGGCUAAACUUAAGAGAGAUAAAAGACUUCGAAAGGAGAGAAAAAGGAUGAAGAAGAACCUGACUGCCAGCGUCAUGGAAGAUCAACAAGAGUCCCUAGUAUCAACUGAGUCAAGUGAGAUCAUCCUGGCAGAUCGAGUGUUAAGAUUGUCAUCUCUCUCAAUGAGGGGCAAAGUUCGAGGCUUGGAUAUUUCAGCCACUCAGUCUUCAGAUACCCUGGAGUUAUCUAUUGUGUGUGUCUUGAGUUCAAAUAAGAUUGAAUUUCAAGACCUGAGACUGACUGGAGCUCAGAUGGAAGUCUUGAGAGAGGGAAUGGUGGAAGGUCCUGGUCAUGCAUCUGAUGUUCGGGUUGCUUCCUUCUCUUCUGAUGGCAGAGGAAUGUUUUCUGCUUCAGCUGAGUCCCUUAAGCUUUGGCUUCGGGGAACUGAAGAGGGGGAAGACACGAAGGGAAUAGUCAGUGGUGGAGAAGAUAAGACAGUGAAGUUUUGGGAUUUCGAACUGAUGGGAAAGCAACUGAGUCUUAUCCAUAUGAGGACCCUUGAGUUGAAGGAAGACGUGUUGUGUGUGAAAGUCACUCCUGAUGGUAGACUCCUUGCUGUAUCUCUUCUUGAUAGCAGCAUUCAAAUCUUCUACAUGGACACCCUGAAGUUUUUCCUCUCCCUGUAUGGACAUCGUCUACCUGCACUCACAAUGGAUGUGAGUGGUGAUUCUACUCUUAUUGCUACUGGUGGAGCUGACAAAAAUCUUCGAAUCUGGGGCCUGGAUUUUGGUGACUGUCACAAGAGUCUCUUGGCAGCUGAAGAUUCCAUCAUGGGGAUUCACUUCAUACCCGACACUCAUCUUGUUUUUGUGUGCUCCAAAGAUGGGUCUAUUUCACAAUGGGAUGCAGAUCACUUCACCCGUGUUGCCACACUCAAGGGACACAAGGCUGAAGUGUGGACGAUGAGUGUGACCCAGAAUGGUUGGUGGCUCCUGUCAGCCUCCCAUGACAAGACAUUAAGGUUGUGGGAGAAAACAGAUGAAAUCCUUGUUUUGGAAGAGGAACAGGAGCGAGAACGGGAAGAGGAGGUUGAGCAAGAGCUGGCUGUUGGUGGUGUCCUUGUUGGGGAAACCAACAAGGAAGUCCAGCCUCUUCUCCAGCGCAAGGCCCUCACUGAGAAAUCAGUGGACUUCAUCAUGGAGUGCUUGUCUGCAUGGAAAGAGGAAGAUACAACUCACAUGGAUCAGCUCUCACUCAUCCUGGGGCUCAAGCCUCCUGUUUCACCAAGGAAAUUCAUCAGAGCUAUGGUUGUGAAGCUGGAAACAAGUGAACUGGAAAGCACACUAUUGGCAUUGCCUCGGGCUCAUGUGAUGGAACUGUUUGAAGCACUAGUCGACCUAUGCGAGGAGAACAUUGAGGCGGAGCGGGUCACAGGAUGUUUGUGCUUCCUUGCUAGAGUCCAUCAAGGGAUUCUCUUCUCUCAUCCACAAGCACCUGCAUUGUUCCAAAAGGCCAAGGAUAGUGUCUCCAGGAAUAUGAAAGCUAUGGAGGAAUUGGUUGGGUUCAAUGUGGCCGGCUUGGAGUUUCUACAGAUGAAGUUGGAAGAAAAGGGCCAGGUUGAGCUGUUCCUCGAUGCGACUCAGAGCUUUAAGGAAAAGAAGAGGAAAAAGAAGCGGAGGGAACACAUCGCCGAGGUGACUGAACCGAAAGUCUCCCCCGCGGAACCGCCUCGCACCGUGACGGCAAAGAAGGAUCACACCCGUCUCGCCCAUCCCCCGAGCAUGUUCCUCUACGUCCUCGUCCUCUGCCUGGGGGUGGGAGCGGAGAGUGCGGCGAAUGAGCCAGUGGUUGUCGUGCCGGGUCGGGGUUCCUUCAAGGGGAAGAUGGAGACGACCGAGUCGGGCUUGGAUUACAUGGCGUUCACGCGGAUACUUUACGCCAAGGCACCCGUCGGGUCCCUUCGUUUCAAGCCACCGGUGCUACCCAACGCGGACGAAGGAUCUGCUCACGACGUCGCGGACGUAACCCACGAAGAAGAGACGGAGCCCGUCUGCCCCCAGUACUCACUCGCGAGCGACUCCCCGAUCGGCCAAGAGAACUGCCUCUUCCUCGACGUCUUCACCAGAGACACGCGCGAGUCGGCGAACGUGCUGGUGUACAUCCACGGCGGCGCCUUCUCCCACGGCGGGUCCCCCUCCCGCCUCUUCGCCCCCGACGCCUUCCUCCCCCACGGGAUCCUCCUCGUCACUCUUCAGUACCGGCUGGGCCCGCUCGGAUGGCUGAGCCUGGGGAACGAGACGAUGAGAGGAAACACAGGCCUGAGAGACGUGAUGCUGGCGCUCCGAUGGAUCCAGGACCACGUGAAGGAAUUCGGCGGGGACCCCGAGCGAGUCACCCUGAUGGGGGAUGACGCCGGCGCUGCGAUCGUCUCGGCGCUCCUCUUCGUCGAAGAUGCCCGAGGGUUGUUCCAGUCGGUCAUAUUGUUGAGCGGGAACGUGCGGUGCGAGCAGUAUCGGAGCCUUCAGCCGCAGAAGGCGGCGGUGAAGCUGGCCAAGCGGCUCGGGUGUGCUCCGGCUCGGAAGGAGGAAGAAGGGAACAAGGGUGAAAAGAUCCUCGGGUGCCUCCGAGUGAAGAAGGCGGCGGAUAUUGUCAGGAAAGCCAACGAGAUGUCUAAGUUCUUCUCCUUCCCUCGGAUGUUCGGGAUGGUGGAAGACGGGGAGCUGCUGCCGAGGGACACCGGUGAGGCCCUGGCCAAAGGAGAAUUCAUCCGGGUCCCCGUCCUCAUGGGUCAAACGAAGGACGAAGGAGCUGCCUUCUACCGAUUGAUCAUGAAUUCGUUCAGCACCGGGGAGGCAGAGGAAGACUUCCUAGAGCACCUGCCCCAACUGCUCCCGGUCCUGUCCCACUACAGAUCGCAGCUGCAUACGAUCACGAGGGCCGUGAGGAAUCGGUUCUUCGAGGGGAUGAAGUCGGGGGAAGAGGAGGUGUUCCGGCCGGCGUUCGUACAGUUUUUGACAGAUUUCAUGUUCACGCGGUGCACGGAGGAGUUUGCCAGGGGACUGGCGGCAGGGAAUGCGACCGUCUAUGCCUAUGUCUUUGCGUACGAGGGGCAGCAGAGUGUCGUGCAGUUCCAGGGGGAGGACAACAUGGGGGUGGCACAUGGAGAUGAUCUUCAGUAUAUGUUCGAGGACAUCUGGGGGACACAAGAAGAAAUGGAUGAAUUCGACCAGCAGUUCAGCGAGGAUGUCUUCAUCCCUCUCCUCGUUAAUUUCAUCAAAUACGGGGUGCCAGUGAAGGAAAUGAGCAGGACAUUCCCCGAGCCUUGGACUCCUUACGACCCGAGCACCAAAAGGAAUUACUUCUUGAUCGACGAGCAACCCAGGAUGCUCAAGAGUUACCGCGAGGAUGCCCUCAGGUUUUGGUUAGAAGACAUCCCUGCACUGAUAAAGGCCAGCAAAGAAGAACAAAAGAAGAACAAGAAGAGUAAGGAAGGAAGAGGAGAGGAGUGUGAACCAAGCAGCAGUGAGGACCCUGACCUCAUGAAAGUCAGCAAAGAGGAGCAACAAAAGGGAGAGAGGGCAAGAGGAGUUGAAGGAAAGGAAGAAAGCAAAGGGCAGAUGAUCAAGGAAGAACUGUGAUGCAUACUGGGCAUGCAAAAAAAAAAAACGUCGUUUCACACUUUGGUGCACAACUUCCUGUGUGGUGGGC